AUGCGUUUUCUCCCACUUGUCUCGCUGCUGGGGUCGACACUCGCCGCCGCGCAGGAGUGCAGAUGCGUCCCUGGCGACAAAUGUUGGCCGUCGCGAUGCUCCUGGGACGGACUGGACAAGCUCCUCGGCGGCAACAAGCUCAUCAAGAGCCAGCCCCUUGCGCGGUCCUGCUACGACGGGCCCGACAAGGACUUGGACGAGUGCGCCUACGUAACCAAGAUGUGGUCGGACCAGGAUUUCCAGACAUCCCAGCCCAUUGGCCGACCGUACCCGUACAACAUCACCUGCGCGCCCGUCGACUACGCCGCCGACGAGACACCCGGGGAAUGCCUACUGGGUCCCCUCCCGACGUACGCUGUCAAUGCGACAACACGGGAAGAUAUCGAAGCUACACUGGCGUAUGCAAAACGCAAGAACAUCCGCCUCGUGGUCACUGGCACGGGCCACGAUCUGCUGGCUCGAUCGGACGGCUAUGGCGGUCUUGAGGUUUGGUUGCGCCACUUCCGCAACGACAUUCAAUUCCAAAAAACGUUCCAGCCCUCGGACGGCUGCACCAAGUCUGGCUGGACGGGUAGCGCCAUCCACAUUGACGGCAACUACCAGUGGCGCGAUGUCUACAAGGUGGCCAAGGCCAAUGACGCGAUUGUGGUCGGCGGCGGCGCUGUCUCUGUCGGCGCGAUUGGCGGCUGGGCAUCUGGUGGUGGCCACGGGCCUGCCACGCGCAACUAUGGUCUUGGAGCGGAUCAGAUCCUCGAGGCUGAAGUCAUGCUGGCCGACGGGACUGUUGUCACCGCCAACCACUGCCAGAACACGGAUCUGUUUCGGGCGAUGCGUGGCGGUGGUCCUGGCUACGGUAUCACGCUGAGCGCCGUCGUCAAGGCACAUCCCAACGUCGACGUUGUCACGUUUCACUCUCUUGCCAUCGCGCCCUAUGCGCAGACACCCGAGAACGCAGACCUGCUCGACGCCGUCAGCGUGCUGAUCCAGAACUUCCCCGACUUGAGCGAUGCUGGGUUUGCCGGCUACGCCUACUGGUUCCGCAACUUCCCAGGCCCCUUUAUUGGCGAGAUCCAGUCUGGCUACUCUCAUGGCUUCUGGACUAUUGGCAAGACCCAAGAGGAAGCGGAUGCUGGCUUCGCGCCUGUCCGCUCUCUGCUCGAGCCCUUCAAGGAUCGCCUCCUUGUCGUCGAGAGCUUCCGCAACUACACCGACUACUGGUCCUUUUACGAGGCAGAGUCUGGCCUGUACGACCCCACUGGCGACACGUCUAUUGUCACGUCACGCUUGAUUGACCGCCCUGCCGUGGAGGACUACGAACGCGUACGUGAUGCCGUCGAAGUCAUGAGCGGCGACGCCUCGGAAUACGCAUCCAACGUCGUCCUCCUCGUUGGUGGAGGCCAGAACUUUGAAGACGCCGACGACGAGACUUCUGGUCUCCACCCCGCGUGGCGAACGUCAUCCUUUGCGCUCGUCACCGGGCGCGGCGUGCCCAAGACCGCGAGCAACGAGCUGCGCAAAUAUGUCAACGACGAUAUCACCUUCGUCAAAGGCGCCGCCACGAAGAAGCUGGCGCCCAACACGGGCGGUUACAUGAACGAGGGCGACCGACAUGAUCCAGAGUACAAGGACACGUUUUACGGAUCCAACUACGUGGCGCAUCUGGCCACCAAGAACAAGUAUGACCCCGACCAUGUCUUUUACUGUCCGACAUGUGUUGGCUCGGAAGAGUGGAAGGAGAGACCUGAUGGACCGCUCUGUCGGGUUUAG